UGAGACCCCCCGGGCCUGGUCACCAUCCCUGACACCCCCCAGUGCCUGGUGCCUCCCUGCAGCUCUCCGCCUCCCUUUCCCGCUGGGGGGGUGACAUGUCCCCCCCGCUCCCGCAGGCCGGCGCCGCGGAAUUGCCCCGACAGGAGAGCGGGAGCCGGGCGAAGCCGCGACCUCGGCAGGGCCCGGCCCAGGCCCAGGCCGCCCUGCUGCCUCCCUCCCUCCCUCCCUCCCGCCGGCGCGGCCUCCGCAGGGCUGGGGCCCUCAGCAGAGGCCCGCGGGGGCCAGCGCGGCCCCUCCGAGCGGCGGGGCGCCGAGGACGGGGCGGCCGAGCGGCCCGUUGCCCACAGUGGCGCUUUGUUCGGCGGCCGCCCCGGCGCUGCCACAUGACAGCGCAGAGGUGGAGUUUCCCCGCGGCGGCGGCGGCCCCGGCAGCGCCAGUGUCAGGCGGCGCCGGAGCAGCCUCCCCCGGCGGGAGGGAGGAGGCGGCUGCCGCAGGAGCCACCGGCGCGGUGCGGCUCGGCUCGGGUUUAUCCCACCCCGGGGGAGGCCCGGCUGCCGCGCGCCCCUCGGCUCCAGCGGCAGCGAUCCUGCAGGAGCGAAGCUCUCCAUGACGGAAAGCCUCCGGCCGAGCGUCCGGGCAGGGCCGCCGCGAGCCCCCGCCGCGGGCCAUGGGCAACGGCAUGAGUAAGAUCCUGCCCGGGCUUUACCUCGGAAACUUCAUCGAUGCCAAAGACCUGGAGCAGCUCAGCCGGAACAAGAUCACCCACAUUGUUUCAAUCCACGAGUCUCCGCAGCCCUUGCUGCAGGAAAUCACCUACCUCCGCAUCCCCCUGCCAGACACGCCUGAGGCCAACAUCAAGAGGCACUUCAAGGAAUGCAUCGGUUUUAUCCACCAGUGUCGCCUGCACGGAGGGAACUGCCUUGUCCACUGUCUUGCAGGGAUCUCCCGGAGCACCACUAUCGUGGUCGCCUACGUUAUGGCUGUCACAGAUUUGAGCUGCCAGGAGGUGCUCGAGGCCAUCAAAGCGGUUCGACCCAUCGCCAACCCCAACCCUGGCUUCAGGCAGCAGCUGGAUGAGUUCGGCGGCGAGGCAGCCCGGAAGGUCCGCAGGCACCUGAGGCAGAGGUACGGGGCCAUCCCCUUCAACGACGAGGAAGAAAUAAAGGCCCUGCUGCCCGUGGAAAGGGGGGGACCCUCCAGAGCAGAGGGAGCGCUGCAAGGACUGAUACCGAAAGCCAGAGACAUCAAGAGCACAGCUCCCUUCCUGCUGCGGGUGAAGAGGACGUUCUCCUGCAUCCCUGCUUGCCUGAAGUGACCCCGGCCCAGGGCAGAAGCGGGAGCAGCCGGAAUCGCCUAACAGCCCGGCAGAGACUAAGGAGCAGCAACGCUACUGAUCGGGGAGCAGCGCCGUCCACGGGAGCCGCAGCAAGGCCACGAGCCGGGAGCCGAGUCCUCAGCCCGCUCCUUCCUUCUCCGCGGGUUCGAGCACGUCAUCUGCCCUGGCUUUCAUCUGUCACGGGAGGGACUUGGUGGUGCUGCUGUGCUCUGCAGGCCGCUGUGGGGGUCAUCAGCUGAUGCUGGCGUAUUCGGGGCUGGUGCAGGGCAGAGGACAGCGCACUGGGUUGCUGCAGGCUCUCGCUCUGGGCACUGCGACAGAUGGGGCUUUUCCUGCACAGCGUCAGCACCCCGGUCGCUGCCGAAGCGGCCGGCAGCACUUCGGUGCCUUCUGCACGGGCUGCGGGAGGUGCACGGUGUUGCAGAGCUCCCUCCCCCCUUAGAGCAAUUUCUCCACCAGCAGCAGGUUUCCAGAGCCGAGGUGACCGCAGAGCGGGGACACACAGGUGCAUCACUGGUAACCCCAGUGUGCUGGCUCCCACCACGCAAAGGCCCAGCCCAGACAAGCACAAGCCCCGAGCAAGCACAGCAGCUUUAGGAGCUGGCUGCAUCCCAUUCCCACUGAUCCCAGUCCUUAAAAGGCAGGAAAUAACUGUUUAACCUGGCCAGACCUCACUAACGCAGAGCCUUAAGCCAUUUCGCUUGAAGACGUUCUAGGUGCCUGUUCAUUAAUAAACAUCUCUCGGCAGCGCGA